GUUUACUCGUGCAUAGUAGAGCUUCAGUGUUGUUAGCAGUCGGGUACACAUCGUGUAUCUCAAGUUUUUAAUUGAUUUGAAUUUGAUUUUCAAUUAGUUCUUCCAGAACUAAUUAAUCACUAUGCCUACAUCACCUCUAUUAAAUCCCAACGAAGAACGUGUUGAAAUUUUUUUAACGGAAUUGAUGAAAAUCAAUUCCUGCACUGGAAAUGAAGAAGACCUGUCGGCGGCUUUAACAGUUUAUUUCAAAGCAACCGGAUGGCACGUUUUACAGCAGCCACUGAAAAGUGAUCCAAAAAGACACAAUCUUUUAGUUACUAAGAUUCCAUAUAUAGCUCCAGGACCUCGGUAUGUGUUGAAUACUCAUAUGGAUACAGUUCCACCAUAUAUUCCACCAGCAUACGAUGGCACUAAAGUAACAGGGAGAGGAGCAAAUGAUGCGAAAGGUUGGGAU